UUAUUCUGUUCUGAUUAGUUAUGUUGUUCACGCCAAUCCUGUCCACAACUGUUUGUUUUGCCUAGCCUGACCAAGGCCUUUGUUCAUGGCUGCCUCUGCUUCAUCCAGCUACCUAUUCAUAACAGCCAUGGGAAAUGCCAUAGAGCUAAUGAUACUUUCAGGAUUGUGUUCUCUUUCUCUCUGUGUGUAUCAGCACCAGUACGUCUUAUUUGACACUCCAAAAAAUUGGACCCAGGCCCAGAGCUUCUGCAGAGAAACGUGCAUUGACCUGGCCACCAUGGAAGACAUGAAUGAGAUGGAUACGGUUCUUCAAACUGUUGCAGACAACUACAAGGAUGCAAUAUGGAUUGGGCUGCAAAAAGGAAUCAGGCCAAAGUGGCACUGGUCUCUGACAGACAAACAUUUCUACAAGGAUGGAGAAAGAAAUUACCUAAAAUGGAACUCAAUAGGUUUUGAUAACUGUGCUCUUUACAGUAAAGGACUCCUUUCAACAAUCUCCUGUAUUGUUGACAAACAGGCAGUCUGCUUUGAUAGAACAAAACAAGGAGCAGCACAGUACAUCCUCAGUUCACAGCAAAUGACUUGGACCGCUGCUCGAGAUUUCUGCAGAAAACACUACACAGACUUGGUCAGCCUGAGGAAUGAUGAAGAAUACCAGGCAGUCCAGAAUGUAACCAACGGAGUGAACGUCUAUGUUGGUCUCUUCAGAGAUCCCUGGGAGUGGUCAGACCUAACUAACUCCUCACUAAGGUACUGGAGGGAAUCCCAACUGAUAAAUCCAGGACUAGCUGAAAAUUGUGUUGCUUUGUUGAAGAACGAAUCUGGUAAAUGGGGAGACAGGACAUGCACAGAAGUGCAACCUUUCCUCUGCAAAUGUGGAACCAAACUGCAGUUUAUAAAACUUAGGAUCAGCCAUCAGGACUCAGUUUUGGAUCUCAAUGACCCUACAGUGCAAAACAGCAUCUUGGAGCAAAUGAAGCAAAGGCUGAGUGAAAAUGUAAAUGGUGUAAUCCAUCUCUACUGGAACAAUCACUGUGAUGGAAGAGUUUUCAUCAAGGACGCUGAGGCACACAGCCCAUGAGAGAAAAACAGGAGGAUUGCUGGUGUGGUUAAAAACAAAUUGUUCAUAAAGUUUUUUUCAGUAGGAACACAACAUUUAGCAAUUCAUCUGAUGAUUGUCUUCAAUAACUUUGCAUGUAGUUUGCCUGUUAAGUUUUGCAUGGCUCAUUUUUUUGUAAUUGCAGAGAUAACAGAAUGUCAUUGGUCAGUCUGUCCUGCUUUCAUCCCGAGAAUUUCAUCUUUCAUUCGAUUUAGAGCCUCCUGUGUACAAAUGGAUACAUGUAAAUAUGUAUACCCCUAAGACUAAGAUGACUUUCAGUCAUCAUCAUAAUGCACUAGUCCACAGGAAAAAAAACACUAUCACAAAAGUUCUCAAACUCUGGUGUCUGAGUGGUCUUUAAUGGUAACUUGAGUAAAGUCUGGGAUCAAGAAUGUACAUGGUAAAUACGAAAUAAAUUAGCCACAAUAUACAACUAA